AUGUCAUCUUUCCCAAGCUUUCUUCUCCGCCGCUUCCCCUGCUUCAUUUCUAAGGAAGCUGCAAAAUCCAUUUUCGUGGUUUUAAACAGUAAAAAAUUUCUUGAGAUUAAAUGGCACCAAAUGUUCCAUAGAGGAAGAGCUGCCAAAGGGAUUAAAACAGAUUGGACGAUGCAUGAAUUUCGACUGCUUUCAGUCUCGGACAAAACCCUUUCUGCUAAUGAUUCGUGGGCUAUUUGUAGGAUAUUCAGAAAGAUCAAUUUCAUUGCUCAAAGAGCUCUUUCUCGUGUUUUGAUACCCUCAUUAUCAUCUGAUAUACUCCACAAUUGUGACCCUUUCAAUCAGUUCAAUUCGGACAACAUUUCUUGCAGAAACAAUGAACUGCAACAUGCACAACAAUGGAGACCAUCUCCGUUGCCGGAUCCCAAUGGAGACCUUCACAACAACUUCACGUUUUCGAUCGAUGCUUCAUCUACUGUAUUGAAGCCACAUACGAUGAUGAUGGUCGCCGGUGAAGUUACGAACAACUCCGGGAGUAUGGAUUUUGAAGGGCAACAACAGCAUUUCGAUUGCUUCUCAAUAAACUUAGCACAAGACCUGCAAGGAACAGGGAAGACUUGGAAUGAAGGCCUUGAUGAGAUUUCCUUUUAG